CGGCCGGCCCUGCCUUGCCUGCAAUGCCCGGGCCAUGGCGACCGCGGGCAGUCACGGUACCGGGGGCAGCGGCGGCCUCUCGGGCGGGGAAGCGGAGCGCCCUCGCCCGCGGCCCUUCCUGAUCGGGGUCAGCGGAGGCACGGCCAGCGGCAAGUCAACGGUAUGUGAGAAAAUCAUGGAGCUUCUUGGCCAAAAUGAGGUGGAUCACCGCCAGCGGAAAGUGGUCAUCCUCAGCCAGGACCGGUUCUACAAGGUGCUCACGGCAGAACAGAAAGCGAAAGCCUUGAAAGGGCAAUACAACUUCGAUCACCCAGAUGCUUUCGACAACGAGUUGAUGCAAACGACCUUGAAGAACAUUGUGGACGGCCAAACGGUUGAGGUUCCGACCUACGAUUUCGUGACCCACUCCAGGCUGCCUGAGACGACCAUGGUCUACCCUGCCGACGUGGUCCUCUUUGAGGGGAUUUUGGUAUUCUACAAUCAAGACAUUCGGGACAUGUUUCAUCUUCGCCUCUUUGUCGACACCGAUUCGGAUGUCAGGCUCUCCCGGAGAGUUCUUCGAGAUAUGAAGCGAGGACGGGACCUCGAGCAGAUUCUGACCCAAUACACAACGUUCGUCAAGCCCGCCUUUGAAGAGUUCUGUUUGCCGACCAAGAAAUACGCGGAUGUGAUCAUCCCUCGGGGAGUAGACAAUAUGGUCGCCAUCAACCUGAUCGUGCAGCAUAUUCAAGACAUCCUCAACGGGGACCUUUGCAAGUGGCAACGCGGCGCGAUGAACGGGCACGGCCGGUCGUCCAAGCGGCCUUUUCCGGAACACGCCGACAGCGGUCCGCUCCUGGCCCCCGGCAAACGGUCCCACCUGGAGUCCAGCAGCCGCCCCCACUGAGGCCGCCCCCCAGCCCAGGUUGCCUCCCCGCCGGAUGGAUUUGAACGGAUCCCGAGGUGCCUUUUGCACCUCGCUAGAAUGCCACGGAUGGGCUCAGCCGAGAGGUGACAGGUCUUUUCACGGAGGGCUUGGACUGUUACCUUUUCAGUGAUUUUUAACAGCCUUCUUUCUGUUUGAAAGUUUUUCUUUUCAAGAAGGUACUUCACUUAACACAAACCCCGUUUUCUGUUCCUAGAGCGAAAAAAAGAAAAAAGCUCUUUGCCCUUCCUUGCAAA